UCUUUCCAGUCUACCGCCAAAAGAACAACAAGAUGGCGUCUGAAAUGUUAGUACUUCAGAACUUUAUCGGAGGAAAAUUCGUACCUUGCACAAAUCACAUUGACAGCUACGACCCAUCAACGGGAAGGGUGCACUGUAAGGUUCCAGACAGCACUGAAAAAGAAGUCGAUUUAGCCGUUAAGGCAGCAAAUGAAGCGUUUGAAAGCUGGUCUGUAACCACACCAGAAUAUAGGGCAGGUAUAAUGAGAAAGAUUGCUGAUCUCAUUGAGGCCCAAUUGGAUGAAUUUGCUGAGGCGGAAUCAAAAGACCAGGGGAAGCCAGUGUUGCUGGCUAAGACAAUCGACAUUCCACGUGCCUGCCAUAACUUUAGAUUCUUUGCCUCAACAAUUAUACGUUCCUCAGUGGAAAACCAAACCAGUAUUCUAGAAAAUGUUGGUGCACUGAAUUACACUAUCCGAAGUCCAAUUGGUGUGGCUGGAUUGAUCUCCCCUUGGAAUUUGCCUGUUUAUCUUCUGACUUACAAGAUUGCUCCUGCAAUUGCUGCUGGAAAUACUGUUGUUUGCAAACCAAGUGAAAUGACAUCUGUCACAGCAUGGAUGAUGGCCAAGGUGCUUAAUGAAGCAGGUCUGCCUCCUGGUGUUGUUAACUUGGUGAUGGGCACCGGACCCAAGGCAGGCGCUGCCAUCGCUAGACACCCUGAUGUUCCUGUGAUUUCAUUUACUGGUUCAACUGUCACAGGUCAAGUUAUCACAGAAAUGACAGCUCCUUUUUACAAGAAAACUUCAUUAGAACUCGGAGGGAAGAAUGCCGCAAUAAUUUUUGAUGACGCAGACUUAGAGAAGUCCAUAGCAACGACUGUCAGGUCCAGUUUUGCCAAUCAAGGAGAGAUCUGUCUGUGCACCAGUAGAGUUUAUGUCCAAAAAGGAAUUUAUGACCAGUUUUUGGAGGGUUUUGUGGAAAGAACUAGGCAACUCAAGGUUGGUUCUCCAAAAGAUCCAACAACCAACGUCGGAGCUUUGGUAAGCAAGGAACACUUAGCCAAGGUCCUUGGAUAUGUGAAACUUGCCGUGAAUGAAGGUGGAGAGAUUGUUUGUGGCGAAGGAAAGGACUCUCCUUUGGAACUAGCCAGUCCUCACACAGAAGGAUACUUUAUGCGACCCACGGUGAUUACCGGUUUGUCGGACAACACUCGCUGCAUGCAGGAAGAGAUAUUUGGUCCAGUAGUGGCAAUUGUACCAUUUGAAAACGAGGAAGAGGUUAUCAAACGAGCUAAUGGUGUCAAGUACGGACUAGCAGCAGUGAUUUGGUCAGAGAAUCUUUCACGCACUCACCGAGUAUCAAAACGUUUACAGGCAGGGACAGUGUGGUGUAAUUGCUGGCUGGUCCGUGAUCUCAAUAUGCCUUUUGGAGGAUUCAAAGCUUCAGGGAUUGGCCGAGAAGGAGCUAAAGAAUCCUACGAGUUCUACACAGAAGUAAAAACAGUCUGCGUGAAGAUGUAGUUUCCAUCA